UAACACAGUCCAAUUAUAAAUCGACAAUGUACAGAGACGCGUAAGAGACAGCAGCACACAGCAGCACAGAACCCUCGUGGCAGUUGAAGUACGGACAGUUUAAUGAUUUUUCCACAAUGACACGGCCUUUUGUCUUUAGCUGUUUUGGUCUCUCUAUAUAUACAAGUCAAACAAGCAAACUGAAUCAGCAUUGCCACGAUUGUUUGCUUAAAAGAAAAGAAGCUUUUUCUUUUGCCAUAAAAGACCUGCAAGUCAAACUUCUUCUGAUAUUCUUGAAAUUGUGAGAAGUUUUGAUUUUCUUCUGAUUUUGAGAAUUUCUAUAACGACCCCAUCUGGGUUUUGUUUGGAUUCCUUGACAUAUUCACCAAAAGCAGAAAAAAAAAGGAGCGAGAAGAAUGUCACAGGUUUGGCAGACUGAAGAAAGCAGCAAAAAGCCUGGAUCAGAGGAAGGAAACUGUUCUAGUUACGAGGAGUUGGCUGUUUUGCGCUCGAGGUUGGAAGACCUUAAGGAUAUGGUGAAUCAGAAAUUCAACAGUAUAAGGAACCUUUUGGAGCAAGGAUUCGAGGAGAUGAAUCAAAGAAUUGAUUCCUUGAUAGAUUCACCAAAGGCAGAAAGAAAGAAAAGAGCGAGAACAAUGUCACAGGUUUGGCAGACUGAAGAAAGCAGCAAGCUUGGAUCAGAGGAAGGAAGCUGUUCCGGUUACGAGGGGUUGGCAGUUUUGUACUCAAAGAGGUUGGAAGAACUUGAGGAUGUGGUGAAUCAGAAAUUUCAUAGUAUAAGGAACCUUUUGGAGCAAGGAUUCGAGGAGAUGAAUCAAAGCAUUCUUGGCAUUGAUCAAAACAUAGAUGAACAUGAAGUGGCUGUGGAGAAGCUUUUGGUUAGUAGUACGAGUAAUCUUGAGAAGAUAAUACAGGACACCAAACAAAGAUGCAUGAAGUUAAAAUUCAACAGCAAUAUCUCUGUUCCUAUUCGAACUGGAGAGCAAAUCAAAGGAGAAGGAGGUAGCAAUUUGCAACUGUCUCUGAUUGAUAAUUGUACAGGAGCAGUUGUUGACUUUGGACGAGAAGCCUCUGCUAAAGUAGAAAUAGUUGCUCUCAAGGGAGAUGAUAAAGGAGAUGCUUGGACAGCUGAACAGUUUCAAAGUAAAAUUGCUCGAGACAGGAGAAGAAAACAAUCUGUUCUCGCAGGAAAUUUGCAACUGGAAUUGAAUAAAGGGAUUGUGUCUUUGUCUGAUGUUAUGUUUAAAAGUUCUCGACACUAUAACGGCGGCACCUUCAAGCUAGGGGCUUGGGUUGUUGAUACUUUUGAUGGCAGUCCAGUAAAAGAAGCGAAGACAAAUUCUUUCAAAGUCCAUGACUUUCGCAUUAAAUAUAACCAGAAGCAUUACCCCCCAUCUCCAUCUGAUGAGGUUUGGCGGUUAAAUAACAUUUGGAAAAAUGGUGCUACCCAUAAACGUCUGAAGAGGGAAAAGGUGAACUAUGUGAAGGAUUUCCUGACUGGACUCUCAAAAGACCCGCAAGAGCUCAAACGCCUAGUACGUCUACCUGAACCGAAGUGGGAGGACACAGUGAGACACGCUCAAACAUGCAAACCUGAUAAUAUAGUUGGACAGGUUCCUGCCCCUGCACCAGGUGAUGCUUGCAAUAUGUUAGUAGCAUCUGCACAUCAAGACAAAGGAAUCCCUUUCGAUGGUAAUAUCAUGCCAUCCAUGGAUUCACCUGGGGUUUUAACCGGCCUGGAUGUAUCUGACUUUCCCAUUGUGGACUCUAUGGAGUUUAUAUUUGACCACCCAUUGAACAUUCCUGGCCAAGUGACGGACAGCGUGAUGUGUGACAUAGGCUCCAUGACUCCAGCUUUCUACCAGGAUGAGCACCUACAAAUUGUUGAUUCUUCAAGUUUGGGGCCAUCCACUGAUCUGCAUACUGCUGUUAGUGGGCAUCCGCCUCCUAGAGGUCAGAGUAGAUGGAAAAUGCCACUCACUGUCCUGAGAUGGUCUUCUUCUAUAAUAAGGUUGGUCGCAAGAAAAUCUAAGGCGAAAGAAGUAAAAGGAUACCGUUAACAACAUCUGUUUGGUUGGCGUUACAAAUGCAAUUCCAGUUAUUAGCUAUGGUGUAAUUUCUUUUUUAUGGAUUUUAAGUUGAAUUAUAUUGUGACUAAUCAAAAAUUUUAGAUUGAAAUAAAAAUGAAGAUGGAAUGCAAAGAGACAUAUUAGA